AUGCUUACAAUCUUCAAGAGCCAUGAGGCUGAGACAACAAUCCUGGAAGAUUUCGACUUCUAUGAGCAGCGGGAGAAAGCCUUGCAGGAGAACAGACGUCAACAGCAGCCUGCCAGCACCGAUCCUCAGAAGCUGCUGGAUACCAAGGCUCAAGGUCCCAUGGCCGAUAUAUCAGAUGCAUUUUCUAAGGCCGUCCAAUUGAAGGAUACUGAGAACAGUGGGACAACAUGA